UAUUUAAGGGAGUUACCUAGCUCCGAAGGGGCUUGCCCCCUUCGAAGUAAGUCUCCCUCGGAGACUUGGUUUUUAUUAUUUGACAAAUACAGGAAUUUGAAUUUUUCCUACCCCUAUAAUUUUGUUUUUAUUUAUCUUGUCGAUAACUAGUGAAUAGGUAUUAGAUAAUAUAAUAGAAAAAUAACUAAUAGGAAGAUAAGGAGAAGCUCGUAGAAAAUUAUUCGAUUAAAGCCUCAUAUAAAAAAAAA